AUGAAAACCAGUGCACUGUGUCUUUCGAUGCUGAGCGGACUGGCCCUUGCCUCCAUACAGCCUCAAACAUAUGUAAUACCUACGGGGCAGUUCAAUGGUACUACAGCAGCAGACAGCAUUAUUGGCCUUUCAGCAUUUGAUGGACCUCACAUCGCGGUCAACAAUGGGUCGGCUUACCAGUGGUGGUAUUUUGACGCCGUGUCUCAUAACGCAGAUGCCCUCCUCGUCGCGCAGUUCUAUCCGGGGUGGUUUCCCGAGUCGAGCGCAGUCCUACUCCAGAUUCUUUGGCCUAACGGAACUUUAUUUCCUUUCACCCCCAUUCCUGUUGGAGACCUUCAGCUGAGCACUGUCGGUGAUGGGUCGCAAGGCGUUGUGGAUGAUGGAGCGAUGACUUGGUUUGGAUCUUCUGACCUGGGAGUCUAUCAUCUCACGCUAGACCUGCCACAACUUGGUAUAUCGGGAAAGAUCACCAUGCGCUCCCGUGCUCCCGCUCACGUCGCAUGUGGGCUCAACACUCCUGGAGGUUCCUUCAACUUCGCCCCAUAUCUCUCCUGGGCCAACACCAUCCCAGAUUCAGACGCCACCGUCAACUUAACCAUCAACGGAACUGAUCUCUCUUUCUCUGGCUCUGGAUAUCAUUAUCAGAACUGGGGCACAGCAGGUUUCCAGAAUAACCUGCACCAAUGGUACUGGGGCCAUUCGAACGUCGGCAGAUACUCAUUGGUAUUCUUCUAUCAUCUUGAUGAGUCGUUGAAUGUGACAUCCAGCGUUUAUCUCGCUGAAGAUGGAAAGCCAGUCAUUUCUGCCUGUUCGGCUGUCAAAGUUAGUCCCCAGGGACCUGGGACUGCAGUCCCACUGGAACCCGGAUCAGCCGUGGAAAGCUGGGAGAUUGAAAUCGACAGUCAGCUUGAUGGUAAAUACGAAUUUUCUAUGGAGAAACUCACUUCGACAACUCCUGGUGAGAGAGUGUACUCACGAUGGAUCGGGCUCACCACUGGAGGACGGGUUGGAGACGCCAAUUCGACGGGUGCUGGAGUUAUUGAAAUGAUGAACAACCCAGCCAUACUGUGA